CCACCAUUCAUUUGUUGCCUCAACGCAACAAAAUCAGUCGCGGCAAUGAAACUUACACAUUUCCUUUCCACCGCCCUGCUUAGCAGUCACGGCCUGGCGUCUUUCCUGGAGCACAUCCUAGAUAUUGGUUCCGACGUGGAGUCUGUCGCGGAGAGCAUUCUGGACAGUGUCGACUUUUACGUGUUUGAAGAAUCCGAGAUCGAGGCUACCACAAUCGUCAAAACCAGCAAGGGCGAUUUCACUAUCGAGUCCCGCCUCACGGGAUUCAAAGGUUGCCCUGGCGAUAACCAGACAAAGAUUCAGGAAGCAUUCGUCGAUGCCCUCAAGAUUGUCAACUCGGUUGGCAAUCCAACUGAAAUUAUUGGACGAAAGCCAGGCAGUGAUUAUGAGCAGGGCCAAGAGGCGUACGAUUAUUGGGGACCACAGAAGCAAUGGAGCGAUGGGUUGUUUACUGUUAGCGGGAACUAUAAACGGGCAAUCUUGGGUGGAACCGAAACGUGGCGGGGAGACUGGUGGUGGGAUCGUUACUUCCAGAUCACUUGUGAUGAUCCCUUGGACCGCUGCUCAUCCAAAGAAGGACUCCAUGCCUAUGAGAAUGAUCCUAAUACCAAGGAACAUAGUGGGAAAUACCCUCGUAUCAAUUUCUGUCCACGUUUCUUCGAAUUUCAGCCAUCGCUCAAAGAAAGGAUUGGAAACAUUACGAAUGGCGUGCUUCCCAAGGACAAUCCCGAGAAUCUGAGGAGUAGAGGAUCAAUUAUGCUACAUGAGAUGUUCCAUACAGUAGCGAAUUCCGUGGAAGUGAGCUGGAAUGCAGGCAUCAGCCAGCCUAAAGCAGUCGAUCACAAGCCAUACGAAGAUCAGGAUAGCAGUCGAGGUUCAGAGAAGGCGUAUGGAGCACACCGCGCGAAGUACCUUGCUAAGAUGAAAAACCGAGCCAUGAGUCGACUUGUUUUCACCAACACGGAUAACUACGUGUACUAUGCUCUGUCAACUUACAUGAUGAAGCACUUUAAAACGGCUUAUCCUGAGGAGCCACCCGCAAGUUGGAGCGCACCAGCUAUCCAAGGCGAGGAUGAAGAAUUGUCGACGGACGAUGAUCCGAACACCGCCGUGUCGGACUUCUCGACCGAUGAGCCAUUACUUAGUGAUGAGGAACUGUAUCAACAAUCCAGCGAGGAUGACGAGGACAUUACCUGCAGUACUUCUGACAGCUCCCCCGCGUUGGAAACCUGUCUUGAGAUUAUUCGCUCCCAGUGGACGUACACUGAGUUACGGUUGAAUGCGGGUCGCCCAGGCAAGUCCUGGUGGUUCGCGUAUCAAACUGGCUGUGCAAUCUCGCUGAACUACAUAUCUGACUGGUCUGUUAACGGCACUGAUGAAGCUGCCGCCGAGGAAGCGAUAUGCGGUCUAACUUACUACGAUGCCCUAGUUUCUACUCUAAGCAUCGUCACCAAGUGUGCUACAGACGGUAAGAUUGGUGGAAAAAUCCCGUUUGGAAGAGAUGACUGCAAGGCUGAAAUCGAGAUUAUUGUUCCACAUGGGCUGCCUCCAACUGGUAUCUAA